UUAAGUUUGAUAUCAUUAAGAUUUUAUAAUAAUAAAUGAUUGGUAAUUUAGUAAAAAAUUAUAAAAAUCUUAAAGCAUUUAAUCUAUUAAAAUAAUUCAUUCCAAAAGGAUUUUCAACCUAAAAAAAGAUGUCUUUAGAUAGUUAAAUAGAUAUACAACCAUCAAAGUUUAUGCAAAAGCUUAUAAACCCCACAAUUUUUGAAUUGAUAGUUCCUUUGUCACAAAAAUAUCAAUCAAUUAACCUGGCUUCUGGUUUUCCUGACUGGGAAACCCCUGAGUUUUUAUGCAACGCAGUCACAGAAGCUUUUAAACUGCCUGAACAUCAAUAUGCCCCUGUUGGUGGUCAUCCUGCUCUUAUUUAAAAGCUUUGUGAAAGAUAUUCAAAAUCAUUAAAUAGAAAUAUUCUUCCUCAAAAUAUAUCUGUUGGUUUAGGUGGUAGCGGAGUUAUUUAUGAUAUCUAUACUGCAUUUUUGAAUGAAGGAGAUGAAUUAAUUGUUUUUGAGCCCUUUUUUGAGUACCAUUCUAAAGAAGCUAAAUUAUUAGGUGUAAAUGUUAAAGCUUGCAGUUUAAUUGAACCUGAAGAUUUUGAAAAUGGAGAAUGGCAAAUUGAUUUCAAGCAAUUCGAGAGCUUGAUAAAUGACAAAACUAGAAUGAUAGUCUUAAAUUCUCCUCACAACCCUACAGGCAAAGUUUUUACAAGAGAGGAGUACCAAAAAAUAGCUGAUAUAGUCAAAAAAUAUCCUAAGGUCCUUGUUCUAGCUGACGAUGUUUAUGAAACUUUAAUUUAUGACAAUAAAGAAUUCCCAAGAUUUGUAGAUAUUCCUGGGAUGUUUGAAAGAACUUUAUAAGUUUUCUCAUUAGGAAAAUUAUUUAGUUGCACUGGAUGGAGAAUUGGUUUUUGCAUCGGACCUGAGUAAUUCAUAAAAAUAGUUCGUGCUACUCAUGCUAUCAUUUGCUAUAGUGUUCACAGACCAGUUUAAAUUGGAUUUGCAAAAGCAUUAGAUGAAGCUAAGUCUAAGUAUAUGGGAACAGAUGAUAAUUAUGAAGUAAAUAUUAGAAAAAGAUUUGAAAAAAAUAGAAAUGUAAUUUUAGAAGGAUUCAAAAAUUUAAAUGCUAAUUUGAAGUUAAAUAAACCUUAAGGUGGAUAUUUUAUAGUAGGUUCAUUAAAAGAUCAUGUAGGCAAAAUUCCUCGUAAAUAUUUUUUUAAAGACUUUGAAAAUGUACCUGACGGUGAUGCUUUACUUGGUGAUACUCCUUUUGAAGAAUUUGAAUAAGCAGAAGUAACACCUGACGUUGCUUUCUUCAAGUAUAUGAUUAUAGAAAAAGGAGUUACAGUUAUACCAAUGUCUUCAUUUUACAUUUAAGAUGACGAAAAAAAUCUAAAAAAUAUUAAAGGGAGAUAUUUCUUUAGAAUAGCACUUCCUCGUAAAGAAGAAACAAUAAAUUCUGCUUUUAAAAAGCUUAAUCAAACAUUAAAACAGAACUGACUCUAAAAAUGAUAUUAAAAAAAUUGUUAUCUUUAAUAAUAUUUAUAAAAAUUUAUAAAAAAAUGUUUAUUCAAUAAUAAAUUAAUUUAAUAUUA